AUGGUCAGAGCUGGUCGGGGCGGGGAGAAUUGCAUCACUACGAGUUGGACUCAACACUGGUUAGGGGCGGCCCGAGACCUCCACAAUUUCGUAUCAGACCGAUCAGAUCGUUCCCCGCUCUCCCCGCGGGGAUAUCUUCUUUAUUUCACAGCGCCUGCCUUGCGCCAUGCUCAAAGGAGCCCGCUUCCCGUCGAUCGGUAUCUCCCCGGCCCCGAAGGGAGGUCUACCCACUCCAAGGUAUUCGUGUCCUGCUCCCGACCACCAUGGACAAUUGGACACGUUCGCCCCAGGUUCGAUUGA